CUUUUGGCAUCGCUGGAUCGGCUGAGCGAGGCGAUCGAUCGCCUGGACUUUUGCCCCAGCUCGUCGUGCACGCCGGCGGCGUACGCGUCGCUCCUCCAGCAAUGCGGGCGCGCGCAAGCGCUGGAGCAGGGGCGGCGCCUCCACGCGCGGAUCGCCGCCACCGGCCACGCCACCGACCGCUACCUCUGCAACCUCCUCGUCCAGAUGUACGGCAGGUGCCGCAGCGUCGGCGAGGCGCGUACGGUCUUCCGCGGCAUCAAGCGCCGCAAUGUCUUCUCCUGGAACAUCAUGCUCGCGGCGUAUGCCCACAACGGGCAUUACGAUCUCGCGCGGGCGGUCUUUGAGCAGAUGCCCGAGAGAGACACAGUGUCAUGGAAUGAGAUGCUUGGAGCUUACGCGAAGGGUGGCUUGUUGCGUGAGGCGAGAGAGUGCUUCGAUCGGAUACCAGUGCCGGACGUUGUGUCGUGGACGCUCAUGGUUUCGGCAUAUGCCAUGGCUGGGUAUUUUGUAGAGGCCAUUUUGAUGUUCCGGCGGAUGGAUCUCGAGGGCGUCCAACCCGACCGGGUUAUGUAUGUGAUCAUCCUCGACGCUUGUGCAAGCGUUUUGGCGCUGGAUCUCGGACGGAUCAUCCACUCUUGUCUACUCGACGGGCAUGAGCAUGAUUUUGCGAUGAACUUGGUCGUGCGAACCGCGCUCGUCAACCUGUAUGGCAAGUGCGGCGCUGUGGAAGACGCUAAGAGUGUUUUCGACAGCUACUUUCUCUCAAAACACUGUGAUCAAUCAGACAAAGAACAAGGUGUCACGCUGUGGAACGCGAUGAUGGCAGCGUAUGCUCAAAACGGGCACAUCGCCAGAGCCGUAGACCUCUUCGGCAAGAUGCCCGCCAGAGACGUGAUCUCGUGGAACACAAUGGUUGCCGCGCUUGCUCAGAACGAGAUGGAGAAAGCCGCCAUGGAAACCUUCUCGCUGAUGGAUCUAGAGGGCGUGCAGCCGAACGAGAUCACCUUCAUCGCGGCGAUCGACGCGUGCUCCAAGCUCGGCAGCCUCGCUAUCGCCGAGCUCGUCCACUCGAGCGUCCGCUUCUGCGGCUUCCAAUCCGACGUAAGAAUCGGAAACGCUCUUCUCAACAUGUAUGGCAAAUGCGGGUGCGUGGAGGUCGCUAGAGAGGUCUUUCGCAAUAUGCCAGAGAAAAACGUUGUCUCUUGGAGCGGGCUCAUCUCGGCCUACAGCCAAAACCACCGGUGCAAGGAAGCUCUCGCUUCGUACCGCCAGAUGAUCCACGAAGGAGUGAAACCAAACGAGGUGACGCUCCUGGGAGCGAUCGACGCCUGCGCGGGAUCUGCCGUAGCAGCAGACGCCGAGGCAAUUCACACCAACGUCAGGGACUACUCCAGCUUGAUCAACGUCGAACUCGCCAGAGACCCGGUUAUCGGAAACGCGAUCAUCAACAUGCACGGGAAGUGUGGCAACCUCGGUGCCGCCAUGGCCGCGUUCGCCAAGCUCGGCUCCAGGAGGAACGUCAUCUCCUGGAACACGAUCAUCGGCGCGUAUGCCCACUCGGGGAAUACCCAGCGAGCGAUCGAGCUCUUCCGGGCUAUGGCGGUGGACGGGGCAGUACCGCCCAACGAAGGCUGCUUCACCAGCGUUCUCUCGAGCUGCAACCACGCCGGGCUCUUGGGCGACGCUUGCGACUACUUCGCGAUGAUGGUAGCGGACUUUGGCAUCGCCCCCGUGACGGAGCACUUCCACUGCAUGAUCGACGUGCUGGGACGAGCCGGGAGGCUGGCGGAGGUGGCGGAGCUGAUCAAGAGCAUGCCAUGCAAGGCCGACGUUAUUGCCUGGACGGCUUUCGUGGAUGCGUGUAAGACGCACGGAGAGUUUGGCAAGGCAGGAGAGGUGGUCUUGGAGAAAGGAUUUGUGCCAUCAAAUUCUGGGCCUUACGCACUGCUUUCUAACAUGUACGCUGCGUGAAACCUUGGAAGUGAUCGCAUACAUCAAACUACGUCAAUUUUAAUUAAUUACUUGAUUCUUCUGUA